UACCUAACUCUUAAAUCAAGACAAGACAGCAAACCCCCAACUAAGCCCAUGAAAAGAACUUUUGAUUAUCAGUUGGGAGUAUUAUAUCAGAGGGAUUAGUGCAGAGGUUCUUGGACUUUCCCCUGUGCAAAUAUGAGAGCUGUUCAGAAAAGGUCACCGCUAUUAAUAACCUGUCCUCUCCUGUGUGUGUGUCUCCUAUACGACUUAUUCCUCUUAUCCUAGUAUCUAUUAUCAGCCACCAUGGACCACAAAGGGGAACCCCAGGAAGACGUUAUGGGGUUGAAACACAAGGAGCUGCCGCAGAUGGAUGGAUCAUGUGACGCGUGGGAGCCUGAUGAGGCCCAAACGGCCACACAAGUUUGCCACACCUGCAACUUUGCCUUCUGCCGUGUGCAUGCUGACGCACAUGCCAGCAGCACACAUCAUCCCGUACAGCCUUACAACCAUGCGGAGACACAAGCUAAUGGACCUGGCAACGACAGAGUCUCCAGAGUUGGAGACGGAGCAGAGGAUGAAGCUUGUGCGGACGGGGCAGCUGAAAUUGCCACGAAUCGGGAGACGCCGCCGCCCAAUGGCAACGAGAGAGACGGGGCUGGUGGAAGACAGGGAGCCAGGAGCGGCCUGCACCCGGAGGCUGAGCCGGGUGAUGGAGCCGAGGGUGCAGAAGCAGAGCAGGAGGCCGUGGCCGCCGGAGAGGCUGGGAAGAGGGACACUGUGACGGUGGAGAAGCUGCGCUGCAAGAAGCAUGCACAGGAAGGCUCCCUGUACUGUAAACCUGACGAGAAGAUCAUCUGUGUGGUGUGCGUCGUGCAGGGUGAGCACCGCGAGCAUGAGAUCAUCACCCUGCAUGAGGCCUACGUUUGGCAGAAGAGCAGGCAAGGUUAUGACCUUUUGGCCUGCAUGCAACAGAUGUCCGAGAAGAUCAAGUCCAAGUGGACAAACCCUGAGAUGUCAACGAAGGAGCUGGAGGCCAACGUGAACAGUCAGUUUGAUGAGCUCCGCAAACUGGUGCGUCUGGAGGAGAAGAGGACCCUCCACCUGGUGGACCUCAAAGAGGCCUUCCUGACGGCGUCCGCUGCGGAGAAAAUCGCGGAGAUCUCCCUCCAGACCGAGCACCUACAGGAGGAGAUGGCCGAGAUCACGCACCAGCUGUGCCUGCUGGAACAGGCGGAGGCGAUAGAUCCCGGGAUGGCAGCAGAGGCCCAGACUAACCCACUACCAGCCAACAGAGUGCCGCGGGACAUUGAAGCUACACCAAGGCUACCAGAGCCGAGGGCCGACCCCGUGAACCCACGAGGCUUUGACGACAACGACUCUGGACCGUCCAUGGACCACGCCCCCUGAAUACCAGCAGACCAGACUCCUACUCACCCGUCCCUCAAUGUGUACUCCAGCCAUCGGCCCCGCUGAGCUGUCAGCCCCCCCCCCCCCCCCCCCCCCCCCUCUGUCUCUCUCUCUCUCUCUCUCUGUCAGCCUUUCCCCCCCUGAAGAGGGCUGAUGUGACAAAUAUGGAUGGCGACGUCUUUUCUGUGCUCAAACUUCUUCUUUUUUUCACUAGCUACUAACUUCCAUCGAUUUGAAGUUUCGGGCGAUCAAUUACCAUCAGGCUCAAUUUCCACAGCCAGUCAGAUCCUUGGCUUACUGGUGAGCCUGGCAGACUCUGGGAGGAGUCUGGGUAGGCAGCCGAGCGCAGCGUCGGUUAAGCCCGACAGAUGUCAGAAACGGGGGCGCUCCGUAGCGCCGCUCUCUUCACAGCCGUGAACAAUGUCGCUCUGUUUCUGUCAUUGUGACAGACAUUCGGACGCUCCUUGGAACAUAAUUUCCAGAUGCUGCAAUGCCUUAUGUCAUCGAGAGAUCGUUGAAAGGUGUUCUCUGUGUCAUGUUUGAUUAAGAAGAAAAAGAAAAAAAAUAUGUGUCUUGUGUUUUAUAAUGUUGUACUUUCCAUCACCGUGUGCCGAUUCUUUAUGCUCGUGUAUUGGAGCGCACUUCCUUGUGUGCUUAUGUGUGAGUCUUUGUUAGGUGAAAAUCAAACGUGCACAAAAUAGCUCAGCUUUCUAUUUAGUGUGAUGUACAAAGGCUCAUUCCCCCUGUCCAAUGCAUAGGGUGUGUGACCGAUCGCCAUCCAGACGAGCACACGCACUUUCCACCUUGACCCACUCGGCCGCGGCGUUCGUUCGUGAUGUACAAGUGUGUCCAUGUCAGCGGUUUGUUUUCUUUAACGCGAUUGAUUCUGUUCUGCUUUACUUUCUGAAUUGAAAGCGGUGUCACCCAUCAUACGUGGCACAUGUUUGACAAAGACAUCGCUUUGCCCUGAGAGGAAUGUCUGCGUGUCAACAGCCUAUUGAAAUGACUCUGAAAAGAAAAGUGAAACAGCAGACACAAGUUUGACUGUCUUUGUCUAUUUUUUUGUUUUAAAUGCAUAAAUAAACAACCAGUUUCUGAAGAUGACAUUCACACUUUUGCCAAACUCUACAAACACCUCAAUGUCAUCAGUCAUCCAAGAAAGUAAUGUAAAAAAUUAAAAAACGGUAAGCAUGCGGCGACGGACGGAGACGAGAGGAGAGAUGACGCGCUGUUUAGAAGGGAUUCGAGGGAGGCGCCCAUCUUGAUCAGACUGGGAGUAGUAGGUUUGGGAACAAACAAAAGGGUGUUGAUGGAGCAGGAGAGCCCUUCGGGGUCUCUUCUUUUCCGCAGAUGCACUUAAAUGUCGCCAGGUUUCAUUCCUACGCUGCCAACAGAAGCCAGAACCCACUUUCAUCAACUUGAAGCCUCAAUCACUAAGCCUUUCUCUCGGGGCAGCUCGUUUUUCUCUCUCUCGCUUUGCUCUUUUCGCACUGUGUGUUUCUCGCUCCCUUCUGCUACGUCCGCUUCGUCAAGCCAAGGAUGCUUCUGCAGCAUUUCUGAUAUUGACGCGUGGAAACCCGUUUAGCCAGUGGUCAUUGCUGUCUGGCUGGUAACACGUCUGGGUUUGCGUUCUCUGGUGAGUUUCCCUUUACAGAAAUAAUGGGGCUUAAUGACUUACCGCAUGAGGCAUUGAUCCUUCAGCAUUCACUAAGCCACUGCUGACUGACCGAGCGCCAGAGCACUCAAACCCCUUUUACAGAUUUUUUUUUUUUUUUGGUUAUUUCUUAAGUGUGUUAUUAUGUUUCCACCCCCUUGCCAUUAGAGAGCGGCUGGCUUUCGGAUAAUGAUCAUAGGCCGUCAUCUCCGACUAGAAGUCUGGUGUGAUCAAAGAACUGAGAAACAAACCUGAUCGAUGGGGACAAUGUGCCUGUUGUCUGUGGAGGAAAUGGAGAGGAGAAGAUUGUCAGAUCUAAUUCAGCCGGGGAGAACACAAGGUUCCCCUUUUUACACACACAAUUACACCUGCUCUCGCAGGUUCACUUCACAGAGCAUCGUCACAGGGGGGCGUAAUGAACACGAGCCCCGUUUUAAGACGUGCAACUUACCGCGUGGGCAAAGACUUUUGUGUUUGUAUUGACGUGAAUGAAUUGCCUCACGGGUUGUGAGAAUGAAUUAGCUACGUGACAUGCUUGCUAGUGGUCACGCAGCUUUGAUUGCUGCCUUUUUAAUUGAGCCCGCCACAUUAAAGAGACAGUCGGUGUCUGCGGUUACACGGGAACGGAGCAGCUCCAGCACCCAGCGACCCACCAAGACUUCUGUUCAUUAGCGGGCGAGAGCCAAGAGAGAAAUGCGAGCUGUCUCGUACGCGCAGACCACAGGUCAGAGUCCGUGUGCGUGUGGUCUGCGAGAGGCCAACACCUCUUGUACCAUUCAAGAGAAUGUAUUCCUCGUCUCACAGCAGAUGCACUUUCUUAUUCAUCUUUCCCUUUGGCCUCUACUCUCUCGCAUGCACACACACACACACACACACACACACAAAAGAAAUGUGUAUCAGCCGAGAUUAAAGCCUGGAUUUUUACAUUUUCCACCUCUCACUGAAACACGGAUGACUUUUCACAAUAUGUGACACCACUCGUUAAUCCAUGAGUUUGAACAUUUUUCAUUCCUUCUGUGGGUUUCCAAUGUGUUUGAAAUGCAUUUUGGAUAUAAAUGGGACAAAGUAAGCCAAUAAAAUGGACAAAAGAA